AUGUCGGGUUCACCUCGUAGAUCAAAACAGCACAAGCCUUGCAAAUCGAUUGCCGUAUUGGGAACCAUGUCGGAUGCUGGCAAAAGCAUCAUUACAGCUGGGAUUUGCCGUGUCUUUUCCAAUCAUGGUGUCCGUGUGGCACCAUUCAAGGGCCAAAACAUGUCGAAUAAUGCUGCUCCAGCUCUCAUUCCGGAAAGAGAUCGACGCGAACCACUCUACAAGGCUUUUGAACAAGUCAUAAGCAAAAAGAAGGCUGGAAGCAAGAGCAAGAAAGGUGAAGGUUCUUCCUCCUCUUCUUUGAAUGCUUCCAAGAGUGAAGAACAAGGAUAUGGUGAAAUCGGUACAGCACAGGCAUUGCAAGCGGAAGCUUGCCGAUUGGUUCCUCGCGUCGAAAUGAACCCCCUCUUGCUCAAAUCCGGAGGCAAAAAUGAAAAGGGAGAAUACAUGUGCAGUGUGGUCGUCUUGGGCAAACAAAUUGUCCGAGAGACUUAUGGCGACCUGGGCAAGAGAACGGGACCAAUGAAAGAAAUGAUUCUCCAAUCGCAUCGAGCUUUGGCGCAAGCCACGGAUGCCAGUGUGAUUGUCCUAGAGGGAGCAGGGAGCUGUACUGAAUUAAACUUGGCGUCACGAGAUGUGGUAAACCUUUCGUUGGUGAGAGCUUUAAAGUGUCGCUGGAUACUAGUAGCCAACAUUGAUUGUGGGGGAGUGUUUGCGCAGAUCGUAGGUACUAAAGCGUGUUUGUCCAAAGAAGAUUGGGAUGCCUGUGCUGGUGUUAUCGUGAACAAGCUCCGAGGAGAAGCCAAGUAUUUUGAACCCGGUCCAUCCAUAUUGGAGAAAAUGGUAAGCAAACCGAUUUUUGUUGUCCCUUAUCUUUACAACCUGAAUCUUCCGGAAGAAGAUGGUUUAGGUAUUGAACGACGGCUGGCCUGGGAAACCAGCGGUACCGUACCCAACCCAACAGGACCAGACGCCAACAAAGACUACAAGAAACCAACCGUAGUUGUUGUCGCCUACCCACACAUUGCCAUUGCUGACGACUUGUGCCCGCUCGAAAACGAUCCCCGAUUUGAAGUUCAAUGGCGGCGUCGUCGUAUUCCGGCUCGUCCCUAUCCAGACGUGACAGCCAUCAUCUUGCCCGGAUCCCGAUUGACACAACUCGAUUUGAAAUGGUUGCAUGAUUCGGGCUGGGCCAAAUUCAUUCAAAAGCAUGCAGCGGCAGGUGGAGUCGUCUUGGGUAUUUGUGGAGGAUAUCAAAUGCUGGGAUGGAGUGUCGAUGAUCCCCACAAUGUAGAAAGCAGUCAUAGCAGUGACAACAAGGAUGUUGCGAAGAACACGUCACGCCCAGGAGUAGGACUCUUGCCGAUCGAGACAACCUUGAAGCCUGCUGAAUGUAAAAUUGUCCGGCCGUUAAAGGGGAAGCUUCUCCCGUCCAACUUGCCGGUCAAUGGCUUUGAAUUGCACUGUGGUAUCAGCAAAAUCGUCCUAGGCAGUAUUCCCACCAAACCCAAAGAUACAGCUCCUCUGAUGGAAUUUGAAAAUGGCCGACCUGAAGGCAUGGUUCACGGCUUGAACCAAAAUGUCAAGGGGACCUACAUGCAUGGCAUUUUACGACAAGCCAAGGCCAGAGAAGAGUUGCUGGUCCCGCGAAAAGAAGACUAUCAGAACUUGUUUGGUAUCAACGAAAGCUCAACAGAAAGUAUAAAGGUUGAGGAUCCACUAGAUAGGCUGGCAAAACAUUUGGAAAGUUGUGGUUUGACUUAUGACACAUUACAAAGCAUGCUUCAACCGCAAGAGGAAAAAUCUAGAAAAUCUACACCAGUUGAAGUAUAG